AUGUUGCAAGAACAACACUGCACGACUAUACCUGGUAAUCAUAUGAAGGGAGAUAACCAAACUUGGCUGCUCUCCGAGUCAAGUGGCUUCGCCUCCGCACGCGCGGCCGCUGUUCCAGCGGGAGCUCUUCUCCCCACUCUGGUGGCCACUUGCAUAGCGAUCAGCUGCGUGAGACGGCUGAUGAAUACCAGGAAGAAUUCUCGUGCGAAAAGUCUAAUAACAGCACACUCGAGUACAACGGAUGUGUCAGGCAAAGCUUCUGAGGAGAAUAGUGUGGCGACGGCAUCCUCGAGCACGACGGAUGUGGAGAAGACUGCCCAGUCGCCUACUUCGACAUGCCCUGUAUCUGGAACGCCCUACUCGGUUUUUGGCCAAGGGAUGAAGAAAUGGAUCAUAUUCGUUGUGUCUGUAUCCGCUUUAAUCUCACCAUUUGGUGCAACAACAUUCCUACCCGCGCUCAAUGUCGUGUCAGAUGUUCUGGGCAUCACACGGACAGAAGCGAACAUAUCCAUUACAACAUAUAUGAUUGCCCAAGCAAUAGCACCUGCCUUCAUCGGAACCUUAUCCGACAAUAGCGGUCGAAGACUAUCAUUCAUCCUGUGCUUCAUCAUCUUCAUCAUUGGCAACAUCGGGCUAGCACUGCAAACAAACUACGCCGCUCUACUUGUUCUUCGCAUGGUCCAAGCAGUUGGAUGCACUGCCGCUGUAGCUCUCACAUUCGCUGUCGUUGCUGAUCUGACCACCUCUGCCGAGAGAGGCAAGUAUAUGGGAUAUGCCGGAGCCGGUAUCCUAGCAGGCCCAGCACUUGGCCCCACUAUCGGAGGAUUACUUGCGCAAUAUCUUGGAUGGCGAUCUAUCUUUUGGUUCCUUGCCAUUUUCUCCGGAGCGCUACUUGUACUGUUCAUAUUCUUCUUCCCAGAAACGUGCCGCAAAGUCGUCGGUAACGGAUCCAUACCGCCCACGGGCGUCAACAGAUCCGUUCUCAGCUGCAUCCAGCAACGUAAACUUUCCAAACAGCAAUUCGAUUACGAUGGCACCAAGACAGUCAAGUCACCCGGACAGAAGGUUGCCUUUCCUAACCCCCUUGUAGCACUGAGCAUCCUCUUCGAGAAGGAGUCCGGCAUUAUGCUCCUGUACAAUGGCCUCUUCUUCACUGGCAUGAUGGUCACUAUUACUUCCAUUCCCGACCUCUUCGAACAAGCCUACGGCUUCAAUGAACUCGAAAUCGGCCUCUGCUACAUCGCCAACGGCGCAGGUUCGUUCCUCUCUUCGCUAACCAUGGGUCACGUCGUCGACUGGAACUUCCGCCGCCACGCCAAAUCCAUCGGCAUGCCUAUAAUAAAAGGCAAACAACAAGACCUAUCCAACUUCCCCAUUGAGCGGCUACGCCUUCAAGUCGUCAUUCCAGGCCACAUCAUCGGUAUCAUUGGUCUUUUGAUGUUUGGCUGGACCGUUCAUUUCCGGACGCAUCUUGUCGGUCCUGAAAUUGCGCUCUUCGUGACGGGAUUCGGUGUUGCCACGGCGUUUAAUAUUACCAAUGGCCUGCUGCUGGACUUGCAUCGGGAUCGAGCGGCGGCGUCGACGGCGGCAGGCAAUUUCGCAAGAUGCUUGAUGAGUGCGGGGGGCAGUGCGGCUAUUCUGCCCAUGUGUCGGGCUAUGAAUCCUGGGUGGGCAUUUACUUCUUUUGCGCUCGUGUAUGUUUUGCUGAUUGCGGUUGUGUUGUGGGUCAUGCGGGAUGGGAUGAGGUGGAGGCAGGAACUCGAGGAGAAGAAGAGGGUGAAGAGGGAGGAGGCGGAGAACAACAGGAAUACUUCACCUGUAUGA